AUUUUCGUAUUUACAAAAAUUUAACUCUUUUGAAUAUACGGGCAAUUGUGUUGUAUUGAAAUGGGAGAGUUGUUCGGCUGUUAUUCUUUUAGUAGCUUCACUUUCAAUUCACUGAAACUGAAAACCAGAAGAGUUGGUAAAUUGAGAAAAAUAGUGUUUUUGAAACAAUUGGGAUGCGUGUUUAAUGAAGAUAAUAACAGGAAAAUUGGAGUGAAGAAAGGGAAGGACUCAUUAGACAUAUGUAGAGUUGUGAAUGGGAUGUGGCAGACAAGUGGUGGAUGGGGCAGGAUUGAAAGAGACAAAGCUGUUGAUGCUAUUCUUCAAUAUGCUGAUGCUGGACUUGCUACUUUUGAUAUGGCUGAUAUAUAUGGACCUGCUGAAGAUCUUUAUGGCAUUUUCAUAAAUCGAGUUCGUAGAGAACGCCCACCAGAGUUCUUGGAGCAGAUUAGAGGUCUUACUAAGUGGGUGCCUCCACCAGUUAAGAUGACGAGUAGCUACGUCAGGGAGAGCAUCAACGUUUCAAGGAAGAGAAUGGAUGUGUCUUCCUUGGACAUGCUUCAAUUUCAUUGGUGGGACUACUCCAAUCCUGGUUACCUUGAUGCUCUUAAACACCUGACAGAUCUGAAAGAAGAAGGUAAGAUUAAGACGGUUGCUUUGACAAAUUUUGACACUGAGAGAUUACAAAUAAUUGUGGAAAAUGAAAUCCCUAUUGUCAGCAAUCAGGUGCAACAUUCAAUUGUCGAUAUGCGUCCUCAACAGAAAAUGGCCGAGCUUUGUCAACUAACAGGAGUUAAACUUAUAACGUACGGAACAGUAAUGGGUGGGCUUCUAUCAGAGAAGUUCCUUGACACCAACUUGGCCAUUCCGUUUGCUGGGCCCCCUUUAAACACUCCGUCCCUCCAGAAGUACAAAAGGAUGGUGGAUGCUUGGGGAGGAUGGGGUCAGUUCCAAGUUUUGCUGCGGACACUUAAAAAGAUAGCCUCAAAACAUGGAGUCUCCAUUCCAACUGUUGCUGUAAAAUACAUACUAGAUCAGCCAGCAGUAGCAGGAUCAAUGAUAGGUGUGCGGCUUGGUUUGUCGGAACAUAUCAAUGAUGCUAAUGCUAUAUUUUCAUUAGUUCUUGAUGAGGAGGAUGUAAAUAGCAUACAAGAAGUUUCCAGAAAAGGGAAAGAUCUGCUGAAAGUGAUUGGUGACUGCGGAGAUGAAUAUAGGCGCAUAUGAACUUGCAUGAUUUUGUAUUGUUGUUGGUUUCAUUACUGUUUUCCUUUAGAACAUUAAUGAUCUCAGUGUAAACCUUUUCUGAAAUAUAAAAAGGAAUAUUUUUGUUAAUAUAAUUUCAGCUUCUGUAAAGGAUACUGAGAAGGUGAUGAGCCUCAGAAGCAAUUCAAUGAACAUACAUCUUAAAGGCCAGUGCUCCAUACUGGUAGGAUCA